UUCUAUUUUGGCGCCAAGGCAGCUCCAGCGGAAAUUGGCUCCGUCGAUUUUGCCGCCGGAAAUGUAUUCAACCGCCCGCCAAACUACCCUAGUUGACUAUAAUCAACGUCAUUCGCCGUCGACGACCUCCAAAUCUUCCUUGCAACUAAUUCACUCGCGUAGAAUUGUAUCUAUUUCUCUUUUCGCUAAAAAUCAUCACCUUCCCAAUAGAUGCCGGCGAAUCCGUACCAUAUCCGGCAGACAUUUAUCUUCUCAUUCAUCGGAAUCGUCAAGCGACUAUGAAAAUCCGUUUAGUUGUGAUUCAACUCACAAUGACUUUGUACUGCCGCCAGGUAAGCUGCUGUCCAGAAAUGUAACAUGGAUUGGUGUUGCCACUAUUACUAGCAAAGUUCUGGGGUUAUUGAGGGAAAUUGUUAUAGCUUCAGCUUUUGGCAUUGGUCCUGUAGUAACUGCCUUCAGGUAUGCUUCGGUGCUGCCUGGUUUUGCUGCAUCAGUUCUUGGUGGUGUUAAUGGCCCUAUUCACAUCACAAUGACAACUACCUUAAGGCUACUUCCAGAGGAUCGUCAGAAGAAGCUGUUUAAGCAUGCAAAUACCAUCAUGAUCCUGGUAGGAGGUCUGUUGGCUGCCCUAGUGCUCGUAUAUUCUGAGUCUAUUAUUCAUAUAUAUGCACCAGGUCUGUGGACCUCAGCUGAAAGCCAGACAACAAGUCGAAUAGCUAUCCAACAGUUGAAAUUAAUGACUCCUUGCAUAGUUUUAGCUGGCCCUGUUGGGCUUGGAUUUGGUUAUAUGAGUGCAAAAGGAGAAAAUGUCUUUCCGGCAAUUAGCCCCACCUUGUCUAGCUUGCUCCUGAUUGCCAGUUGCCUCAUUUACUCCUAUAGCGGACAGCUGGAUGCCUUUUGUUCUGGCGGUAUUCUUUUAUCUUGCGGAGCUUCACUUGGAGUAGUCAUUCAAUGGAUUAUACAGGUUCUAUUGCUAAGAGGAACAUGGCAUGAAGUUAUUUCAGAAUCAUGGACUGACGAAUUGAAGAGCGGGGAUAUUUAUGACCUUUUCUCGAUUCUGGUACCAGCAAUCUUCAAUUCAGGCUUGGCACAAAUAGCAUCAUUUACUGACCUCUGUUUCGCAUCUCAUUUUUCUGGUGCAGCUGCAGGUCUUUCAUAUGCUUUUCUUUUGGUCAUGGCACCUUUGGGUUUACUCUCAAGCAUUGUUAUACUGCCUCUUUUGCCCACAUUUUCAGGACUGAUAAAGACAGAGUCAUGGCCAACCCUAGUAGAGAAGAUAAACAGAGGUGUCCUGCUUUGCAUGGUGGUUCUCUUGCCGAUUAUUUCUGUCAUGAGUAGCUUAGCUGAUCCUAUCAUCCGUGUGUUGUUUGAGCGAUAUGCAUUUGAUUCUUCGGCAAGUGCUUUAGUUUCUUCUCUUUACCUUUUCUAUUCUCUUGGGUCACCAUUCUUGAUUGUCAGAGAAUUGGUAGUUGCAGUGUUUUAUGCCUUUGGAGAUGGGCUGAGGCCUUUCCUGGUUAGUAUUGGAGCCAUUGCGCUAAAUGCUAUCUUGGAUUGGUUCUUUGUUCACAGAUUACACAUUGGAGUGCAAGGAUUGGCACUUUCAACAUCACUCACAGCUGCCUUGUCUCUCAUUACUCUGAUCCAUCUUCUUCGAAGGAAGGUUGGAGGGCUUUUCCUCCUUCAUGAAUUGAUAAGUCCUGGUUUGUUUCUAUGCUUCUGUUGUGUCAUCUCAAGCUUUGUUUCGUCCUUCAGUUAUGAAAAUAUCUCCAAAAUUUUCCUCUCCGAGUUUAUCACAAGGUUAUCUAGGAUCCAAGAACUCUACUGCAUAGUAUCAGCUGCUGCUCUUGGAAUUAUUGGCUUCUUUGCUCCUCUUGUGUUAGUAUUAUAUUUUUCUAGAUAUAAGUUGGAGCAUAAUAAUAACUUGAAAUGAAAAGAAAUGUUAAUGCACAGUUCCUUAGUAUUUGGUCCUAAA